AUGUCGGCUAUACAUGUAUUACCAUCUUCUAUUAUAGAUACUCAAUCGGUACAGCCAAAAAUGCUGGUAAAAGUAUCCCAUGCCAAUUAUCGAAAUCCUGAAAACUUUCAUCAACAGAACGCGUCUAUCAUGUCCAAUCAACAAAUGCAAUUAUAUCGGCCAUCAUCUCAACGCUAUUAUCUUUCAACGAAUUCACCUUCAAUUAAACAAGGAUCUAUAAAAACAGAUGCAUUUGAAGAUACUAUACAAAAUUCAAAUUUGUCGAAAAAAGAUAUUUUUACUCAACAAACAUGUGAUUCUACCUGUGUCAUGUCAGGAACUCCGUAUCGUCCAUCAACUAUUGCAUAUUGGCCAUUCAAUGGUAAUCUUUACGAUUCGAAUAAUAUCUAUUCUGGUAUCUACAUGCCAACAACAUCUUCACCUUCUUAUGUGGUCGGUGAUAUCGAUCAAUCCAUAUCAUUGAAUGGAACUAGCUAUGUUCUUGUGAAUUCACAUUUCCUCAAUCUAAGCUAUCGAAGUUGGACCAUAGAAGCAUGGAUUUUGUUAUAUGAUGUAACUACUGAACAUGGUAUUUUCAGUCAGUGUCAAUCAUCUACAACAACUGAUAAAUGCUUGAAUAUAGGUGUUAAAAAUAAACGUUUAUAUUGUAGUUUCUACAAUGAUGAUGUCUAUGGUGCCACUCUUUUAACAGCAUCAUCGACCAAAUGGUAUCAUAUAGCUUUCGUAUAUGACUACAGUUUAAUGAAACAAUCAAUUUAUCUCAAUGGAGUUCUUGAUGGAACAACAUGGACAUCUGGAACAUCAUCCGGUCCAUAUAAAGGAACUACAGGUACUGUUACGAUUGGUCGAGAAUAUAGUGGUUAUUAUUUCAAGGGUGAUAUUGAUCAUUUACAAGUAACAAGUGUUGCCAAAACUGCAUGUCAAAUUUUACAGGAUGCAUCACUCACUGCCUAUUAUUCAUUCGAUGCUGAUGUUUUGAAUCUCGAUCUGAGUAAUAAUUAUAUUAACGGUUUAUCGAAUUCAAUAAGUACUGUCUCAGGUCGUAUUAAUGAAGGCUAUUUAUUUCAAGGAACAUCAGCUUAUUUUCAAACAACGGCAUUCACAGCGUACAAGUCUGGAAGAUCAUUCAGUGUUUCUUUAUGGGUAAAACCAUAUUCUGUGGUAGGUGGUACAUUGAUUCAUCUAUCAACUAAUAAUGAUGGUUCAGGUACAGCUUGUUUCGAUCUGUUAGGAUUUAGCUCAACAGGUCAAUUAAUCGCAAAUUUAUACUACUCCGAUGGAUGUUGUGUGUGGACUUGUUCUUGUCAUUAUAGUACUAGUAUCGGUGGUCCAUUUAUAAAUACCACCAUAUGGACACAUAUUGUUUUGACAUACAGUUCGAGUAAUGGUAUGGCACUUUAUACUAAUGGAACAUUGAAUGCAGUCAGCGAUGCUUUCACAUCAUUUUCUACUAACGUAUAUGCUUUUACAAGUCGACCAUACAUGACUGUUGGGAACCCAUCAAAUGCAGGCUCGGUGCCUUCAGGAUGUCUAACUGCGAGUCCGGCACUUUCUCCAGGUCAUUAUCAAGGUGUAAUUGAUGACUUGAGAAUUUAUAGUCGUGAAUUAACAACAUCGGAAAUAUGUUCUCUAUUUAAUCCAUAA